CAUAGGAAAAAGAAACAAGCAAAGAAGAACAGGGACAAGACAUAAAGCAAAAAAGGGGUUUUCUGUUGUUGUUGUUGAUCUGUUCCAAGGAAUUUCAGUACAUCGAUCCCUUCCUCCGUCACGUUCUUUGUGUUCCUCCCCCGCGUGUCGUGUCGUGUUUCUUCUCGUUUUGAGUCCAUCGUAUUUGAGCUCAUCUUUCCUCACGUCUUCACAAAUCUGUCUCGCUGACCUCAGUGAUUCACACAAACCACGCCAUUCUGUUCGAGAGCACUCCGGGCGGUUACUAACUAGCAGUGUUGUCAGUGCCCUUCCGUGCUAAGCAAAGUAGUUGCGCUGAGAAGAAGAAAAUAGGCAGACACCAACUGAAGCAUGUCAAACACACAUUCCGUGCAUCCUUACAGGGACGUCAACCUCAUCCGCACAGGUCGACUAGACCAUACAAAUACCCCUGCACUUGGUCAAUCGCAUGCGUCCUCGUCGACAACGUCCGGGACAACUUAUAGAAGUGCAAAUCCGAGUAUGCGAAACUACGAGUCGUCUUUACAGGCUCCUGUUGAGAGCACCCAUGUUGAUCCGUAUCCACAGUCACAAACUUUUAACGCCAUGGCACAAAAGGAGCAGUCCCAGCACUACGGUGGCCGCGGCGGUCUCCGUGACGGCUUCCGUGACGGUGGUGACAGCAACAGAGAUGUCUAUGGAGUGAAUGCACAGGCUUCACGUUUGCCGAAUCAACUGAAUUAUGUGGAGGACCAACAACAGUAUGCUCCCCCGCCACCGCUCUCGAUGGGUGUGUCGAAAUCACAAACCUCUUCAACGGACUCGUUUCAGCGCAGCCAUGGUGGUUACGUUGUUUUGAAUGACCAGAGCUAUCCACAACAGCCUAGAGCGCCAGAUACACCUGUUGGUGCUCGCUCUUUCAGCAUGCCGCUAGCGAGCACGCCAGAUGGAACCUUUGUUAGGGAGAGCUCUCCAAUGUCAACAAGUGGUACUGACUUGUCCUCACAAAAUCAGCUGCAACAUCAACAGGGUAAACCAUCCCAUGCAAGAGGCUCCAAAUCUGUUGACUUGUCACAUCUAUACCUAUUGGACAGAAACGAAUCAACACAUUUCACCUUGACAAACGAAAGCAUGUCUGACGUUUCACAUAACUUAAUCAAGCAGUACUUGGGUGAAAACUCACAGUCCUCCCUACUACCAAGGAUGAAGACCAUUGAAAUGUACAGGAAAAACGUUAAGAAAUCUAACGACCCAAAGGUUUUGUUCCAAUAUGCCCAAUACAUGUUACAAACUGCGUUGACGUUACAGCCCAGUGAUGCUCCUGAGAACAGUGGUGAUAAAUCUUCAACAACGGAAAGGGAUUUGAAGAAACAGUUCUUGAAAGAGGCAGUGCACUACUUGAAGAAAUUAUCGGAUAAGGGCUAUACAGAUGCACAAUACUUACUUGCAGAUGCUUAUAGUUCAGGUGCUCUGGGGAAAGUUGAUAACAAAGAGGCUUUUGCGCUGUUUCAAGGUGCUGCAAAGCAUGGUCAUAUAGAAUCUGCGUACAGAACUGCAUACUGCUAUGAGGAAGGCUUAGGAACAACAAGGGAUUCAAGAAGGGCUGUGGAUUUCCUUAAAUUUGCCGCAGCAAAGAACCAUCCUGCUGCUAUGUACAAAUUGGGUAUGUACUCUUUUUACUCCAAGAUGGGAUUUGCAGAUAACACCAACGUUAAGAGAAGUGGUAUCCAAUGGUUAACAAGAGCAGUUACAAGGGCAAAUGAAUUGACGAAUGCAGCUCCUUAUGAAUUGGCAAAGAUUCAAGACGCAGGGUUCCUAGAUAUCGUUAUUCCUGACCAUAAAUAUGCUAUGGAGCUUUACGUUCAAUCUGCAUCCUUAGGACAUGUAAAGUCCGCUGCCAUAUUGGGUAAAGCUUACGAAAUGGGUGACGAUGUGGUGCCUCAGGACCCUGAUCUUUCGAUUCACUAUUACUCCCAAGCAGCUCUGGGUGGUGAUGCAGAAUCAAUGUUGGCACUCUGUGCGUGGUAUCUAGUUGGGAAUCCACCAAAUUUACCAAAGGACGAGAACGAAGCCUUCCAAUGGGCUUUAGCAGCUGCUAAUUUGAAAUUCACAAAGGCCCUCUACACUGUGGGACAUUUCUACGAAAAGGGUAUUGGGUGUGAAGCCAACUUAGAAACUGCUAAAUCUUGGUACAAGAUGGCUCGGGAUAGAGGUGAUGAAAAGGCUGCGAUCAAAUUGCAAAAGUUGGGCUCAUCAGAGAGUGCAACAGCAAAUCAAUCAAAAUCGAACGGUAAGAAAGAAGAUCCAAAGAGAAAGAAAUCUAAAAAGGAUAAGAAGGAUAAAGAUUGUGUGAUCAUGUAAAGAUAUCAUCAUGUCGACACCACACCGUUGGUUUCGUUUUGCAUAAUUAGGUGUUAUAUUUUAAUGUGACGGGUUAUAUAUAGUCUUGUGAUCAAAUCACAGGUAAAACACACUCUAUGUAUCCAA